CCCGUCAGCUGUUCACUAUUGAGACCUGCACACACACGCGCGCGGUGGCGGAGCUGCUGUGUGACGAUACGAGCCAAUGUGGUUGUGCACCGUAGUCACAAAGAUAGAGGAACUCAAGCAGUUUUCUGUGUAACUCAGCAGCAAUAGACCAAACUGUAUUUCUAGGCCGUUAAAAGCAAGUGGAUUAAAUUACUCUUCAUUUGUUUGUUUUGUGGUUUAUCCACGCGACAUCAGACGCUGUUGCCAGAGCGUUUAGCGCCGCCAGUAUUGUGACUCUGCACGCGUCUCGUUGUGGCAUGUUUGUGGGCCAAAGCAGACGGAACUGAAGUCCUCAUUGCUCCUGAACAGGAUUCAAUGAAAAUGUCGGUCUGCGUCCACGAGAACCGCAAGUCUCGUGCCAGCACGGGCUCUAUGAACAUCUACCUGUUUCACAAGUCCUCGUAUGCCGACAGUGUGCUAAUGCAUCUGAAUGCUCUUCGGCAGCAGAGACUCUUCACCGAUGUUCUGCUCCACGCGGGAAACCGCUCUUUCCCGUGCCACAGGGCUGUGCUGGCUGCCUGCAGCCGCUACUUUGAAGCAAUGUUCAGCGGAGGGCUGAGAGAGAGUCAGGACAGUGAAGUGGACUUCAGGGACUCCAUUCAUCCAGAGGUAUUGGAGCUCCUUCUGGACUAUGCCUAUUCAUCAAGAGUGAUAAUAAAUGAGGAGAACGCGGAGUCUCUCCUUGAGGCUGGUGACAUGCUGGAGUUUCAGGACAUCCGUGAUGCUUGUGCCGAGUUCCUGGAGAAGAACCUUCACCCAUCCAACUGCCUGGGCAUGCUGCUACUCUCAGAUGCUCACCAGUGCACCCAGCUGUUCCAGCUGUCCUGGAGCAUGUGCCUCAGUAACUUCCCUGCCAUCUGCAAGACUGAAGAGUUUCUCCAGCUGCCUAAGGACAUGCUGGUCCAACUGCUGGCACACGAAGAGCUCGAAACCGAGGACGAGCGUCUGGUCUACGAGUCGGCGCUUAACUGGGUGAACUACGACCUUGAGAGGAGGCACUGUCAGCUUCCGGAGCUGCUCCGUACUGUGCGUCUGGCUCUCCUGCCUGCCAUUUUCCUCAUGGAGAACGUCUCUACGGAGGAGCUCAUCAUCGCACAGGCUAAAAGCAAAGAGCUGGUGGACGAGGCCAUCCGCUGCAAACUGCGCAUUUUGCAAAACGACGGCGUCGUUAAUAGUCCUUGCGCCCGGCCCCGCAAGACCAGCCAUGCCCUUUUCCUGUUGGGUGGCCCCACGUUCAUGUGCGACAAGCUCUACCUGGUGGACCAGAAGGCCAAAGAGAUCAUUCCAAAGGCAGACAUCCCCAGUCCUCGCAAGGAGUUCAGCGCCUGUGCCAUUGGCUGCAAAGUGUAUGUGACUGGGGGCCGGGGCUCAGAGAACGGUGUGUCUAAGGACGUUUGGGUGUAUGAUACAUUACAUGAAGAAUGGUCCAAAGCGGCUCCGAUGCUGAUCGCACGUUUCGGUCACGGUUCCGCUGAGUUACGCCACUGCCUGUACGUUGUUGGAGGUCACACAGCUGCCACUGGCUGUCUGCCUGCAUCACCAUCUGUGUCCUUGAAGCAGGUAGAGCAGUUUGACCCAGUUGCUAACAAGUGGAGCAUGGUGGCACCGCUGCGAGAAGGAGUUAGCAAUGCUGCUGUCGUCAGCGUAAAGCUGAAGUUAUUCGCAUUCGGUGGGACGAGUGUGGCCCACGACAAGCUGCCUAAAGUUCAGUGCUACGAUCCCUCAGAAAAUCGCUGGACGGUCCCGGCAUCCUGCCCACAGCCGUGGCGCUACACCGCAGCUGCUGUUCUCGGCAACCAGAUCUUUGUAAUGGGAGGCGACACAGAAUUCUCUGCUUGCUCUGCUUACAAAUUCAGCAGCGAGACUUAUCAGUGGACUAAAGUUGGAGAUGUUACGGCAAAACGAAUGAGCUGCCAAGCGGUGGCCUCUGGAAACAAACUUUAUGUGGUGGGUGGCUACUUUGGUACACAGCGCUGCAAAACCCUGGACUGUUACGACCCCACGCUGGAUGCCUGGAACAGCAUCACUACCGUACCAUAUUCCUUAAUCCCCACUGCCUUCGUGAGCACCUGGAAACACCUCCCAGCCUGAAGCACGCCUGUUCUCCCCUGUGUGACCCUACUGUUUCUACGAGAAUUCUGUGUCCAUCUGUCGAUAUUGUCUACUGGAUUCCAACUGUGAAGAAACGCUAUAACCUUCCUGUGCAAUUUUAUGAAGAGACUUUCUCCCAUAAAAGCUAGCCUAAAUAUUGUGUACAAAGUCCAGUUGCAAAGCUUUUUUUUUUUUCUGUUGCAAGUUUGCCAAUUUUUUAACUUCCUACUUGGAAGUUUUAAGUACAUUGAUGUCUCAUCCUUCAUUUUGUGGAGUAUCAGAACUUGGGCUUCACCGUGAAAACCAAAAGAACUGCAAUGCACCUUGAAGUCCAGUCUGCUUUCAUCGUAACCAGCAUAAUCAUCAUUUUCGUCCCCCAAGUUUGUGUACACUGACCGUUUUUGUACAAUGCUGAUGCCAUGCAAGCUAAAAUAGACCCGUAUGCCUGUCUUAAUUUGUAUACUGCAUGAAGGAUGAGUGGAUGCUUUUGAUUGGGAGAACAACAAGAGUCUCAACGCAUGAUUGGAGAUGUUAAGAUACUCCAGGAAAAGUACCUCAUGUCCUGAUUUGUAUCUACCUUUUCUCCCAUGUUGAUGUUAAAACAUAGACCUUGCUCAGAAGAAGAAGGCAGGCUGAUACGGACUUUUAAUAGCCUGAUAAACAUCAAAAAAAAAAGGACAGAAGGAAACAUGAGCAAGCAUUUUUUAAGUAUUUGUCCUUCACACGUCUGUACGAGGAGGACAGGCUGAUGCUGAACUGUUCCUGUUGAACAGACCUUAGCAGCUUGGUGUGAAAAUGGACACAGGCACAGUGUGUCCCAAGGUACACGUGCCAGCUGUGCGUUUGCGACUAAGUGAGUGUGGGAGAGGCAUGUCCCAGCAUGUCCAUCUGACCCCACUCAACACCCAAUCAUACUCCCACCCCCUCAAAAAUAAACAGCGUGAGCAUGCCCUUUGAGAAAGCACCAACAAACACUGUCCUUCCAGCUUCUGGUGAUUGACCGACUACAGUUUUACAUUUCUCCUGCACAAGACUUGAACUGUGUGAGACGCUUCUGUUUUGCCGUUUUUGCCUGUACUAUUCUAAGCACAUACAGUCACGUAAACGUGAAUGACAGAAGGAGAGAGAAAAGAGGUGAGAGUCGUUUCGUCACCCUGCGAGGGAAUGCAGUCUCUAUGGCAACAACAACGAAACUGUAAAUUUAAAAAAAGGACAAGAAAAAAAGUGCAAGAAACUGGUAGUCUGGCUUCACAUAUUUCAGUGUCUAUUAAUAGUCUUAAUUUAUGAUUUUUUUUUGUUUGAUCCAUUGUGUAUUAAUGAUAUUUCUUUUUUUAUUUAUUGUUAACUUUUUUUCUGCUUGCAUACAUGUUUGAAUGUGUAGAAGUUGACAGGUUUUUGUACUGCGCAUGGCCCAAAACGCUCUGUGUUCCUGCUGCUCUUUUGCACAUUUACAUAAGGUCAUUUUGACUGAGCAGGUGGAAUUUGUAGUGGUCAGCGAACUCUUGAGCCUCUUUCUCAUCUGAUCAAAAACACGGAGGCUUGGAGGUCAAAGGUCAUUGACAGGAUAAGAAUGGGCCGAAUGACGUCAAGAGGUUCGGAUUACCCAGGGUGGGCAGGUCAGCAGAUGGGAGAGUUGGGUAAUGGUUUUGAGAGUUUGGGGGAUGGCUUUCUUCAAAAUGAUGGGCCAAUUCACCCAAAAAUGAAGAUUGUCAUCUUGUACUCACUCUCAAAAUUGUCAUUUUUAGGUGAACUAUCCCUUUAAAUUUUACCCAAAUGAAUCAGGUUCUUUAGAUUAAGUAAUUGAGAUGUGCUGAUGUGCUUUAACCACAGGUCAGUUCAUCUAGUUGUGAUGGUUCUCUUACCUGCAUCAAUUGUUUGUGACCUUAUACAAUAUAGAAUGACCUCAAACCUCCAUCGAAAAAGCAUUACGUUUCGCUUACUAGAACAUUAGCGUAGUUUAGCAAGUGCUUUCGACCACUGACCCCAUGCCAAACUGGGGCCAGUAUUCAGCCUCUGUAACUCUGCUCUGCAUCCAUCACUCUGUCAGUACUGAAACUCAGACUGACACAGGGUAUCUUUGGGUUGUAAGGGUCCUGUAGAGCUAUCUGAGGAAUGUGACAUCCGCAGCUGCUCUCAGAACAGCUGGAACUGUCACCAGCAUGUUGCAACUUUGAGUGUCCCUUACAGUUCAGCAGUGCCGUUAACAUUAUGAUUGAAUUAGGAAUAUGUCACAGUCACUUUGCUGGAUGCACUCUUAAAAACACAGGUUCCAAAAAGGAUUUUUCGCAGUGAUGCCAUAGACAAACCAUUUUGGGUUCGUAAAAGAACUUUUUGAUGGAUAGAUCCUUCCAAGAAUCUUUUUUUCUCAGUUCGGAAAGUUCCACAAAUGCCAAAAAUCGUAGCUUCCCAUUGCGCCACAGUACAGCAAGGGAGGAACUCUGGCUGCAGGGCUUUCCAAAGUGCUUAACAGACCUCUGAAACAAUGGAGGACACUGUGCACGGCACCGCCAGUCUUUGCCGAAAAUCAAUCGGCACGCCAUGGGUACACUGAUGCGAAAUGAAAGGCUGUAAACGACAAACCAAAUCGUUGAAUCGUCUUACCGACAUGCAAAAAUGCAUCUGUUCAUCUAUGUCCCGCAUUUGUUUAACAUGCAUGACAAAUUCUCCAUCCUGUUGUCUCGUUUGGUGCAAUGGCCGUACAGACCAUCUUCUCUUCCGCUGUAGUCACUUUUUUUUUAAUUAAUUUUUUUUUUUUUUGUCGUUUUAAACGAAUGAUCUGUUCUUCGAUGGUUAACAACUCAAGCUGCAAAAGUAGUCGCUUUCUAUUCGCCGUAAUCACAGCUCCCGCUUCUUCUUCGGCUUCUGACUUGAUACUAGUAUUGUCAAAAGUACCGACCGCGAUACCAUUCGAUACUGGAAUUUUAAAAACGUCCAUUUGAGCACUGAGCGGAUUCUUAAACGGGGCUGAUUGGUCAUUGUGUUCACACGCUCAACAGAUAAGUCUGUAAUUGCCUUCAAUGAUCAUCGCUUCACGCACUUCAUUGAUCAUUGAAGCCAAUCACAGAUGUAUCUGAGUGCGUGAACACAAUGAUCAAUCAGUACUAUUUAAGAACCCGCUCAACAGCGCUCAAAUCUUAGCAGGAAAUGGACGUUUUUAAAAUUUCAGUACCGAAUGGUAUCGCGGUCGGUACUUUUGACAACACUACUUGAUACUAUGGGUUACACCAGCAACAUGCCUGUGGACACUGCAUACUAGCGGUCUGCAUGUGUAAUUGCACGUUGACGCGGACAACAGCACAGAAGUAUAAAUGAAAACUGCCGCAUAGCCUACGGUGUAGAGGCUACGGCGUAGGUCCUAUGCAGAAGCAUAAAUCAGGCUUUACACUGUGUUUACACUGGACACGAACGAUGCGGUUACAACAAAAGCAAAUAGAGCCCAUUAUAAACUGCAAAGCUGUCUACACUGUUUGCAACAUGACAGACUAUGAACUGUGCCCCUUUAUGUUUCUGACACACUCCACAUGCUUUUGCUACUUCCGACAACAGUACAAAUGGAUUCUGAACUUUCGUUUCGCAUUUAUUGUGAACUAUGCAUUGAACUAUGUAGACACAGUGUUAGUACGAAGAACAUUUCUAACAAUAAUCUAAAGAAUAAAGGACCUCAAUACAAAACCUUUAUUUUUAAGAGUGGAUAGUUGCUACAGCCUGUGACAUAAAAAGUGAUGAUUUCAUCGGGCAAAUUGAUGACUAAAAUGGUGUUUAUUAUGAUAAAGCUGAAUCCCAAAGGUCGACUAACAACUGACAACUAACAGCGAUGUAUACCUAAGGGCAAAGACCAUAGUGCUUUCAUGUCAAAGCCAAAUGUGCUGCCUGUAGAGAUGAUUUGUCUGUUUAAAUAUUCAGUGUAGAGUGACACAGUGACAACAGUGUUCGGGUAGGUUGAAUAACACCACUGGCAGUUUGCUACACUAUAGCUGUUGUGACAACACUGUUCUACGCGCUACAAACCAAUUAUAUAGCUUUAAAUUAAUAGAAUAUAGUAUUCCAUGUUGUUCAAUUGCACAGCGACUGCAAAGUUGAAGGAAAGCCCCGAGAGAGGAAAAUAGGUAGCAAGCGUUUCACCCACAAUCCCUCUUAUCCCCUCCAGGAAAUUCUUGCUUACAAUGUUCUGAUUAGCCUUUAGGGUCUUACACCCCCUCCAUCUUUGACCCUCCUUCCCCCUUCCAGAAUACCUCUUCACAGAACACUGCACACUCUGACCUCCAGCCAAUCAAAAAGCCCUGUUCUGCCCCACUCACAUAGCACAGUUGCCACAGCGAUGGUCAACAAUCAUUGCCCCCGCUCCAUUUGAACUAGUAAUAGUCAAGCGUUUUGUUUUUCCCUCUUCUCUCCCUCUUACUCCUUUGCCCUCCCUUCUUCCCUCUCUCCUCCUGCUGAAGUGAAAGAUUGAUUCAGAGGUGACUCAUAAGCCCGUGUGCAUUUAGAACUCUUAAACGCUGUAUGCCUUCACAAACAGACGCAUUGCUAAAGCACUGUCAAUGUUGGGCUGUACUGUUGUUUUUGUGGAUGUCAUUUUUCUUUUCAUUUCUAUAUUUGUCGUAUUAUAUAAUUGUAUUAUUUUAUCUCAACCACUGCGGUUAACAUUAUUUUGUACAAGUGAUUUUUUCACAAUGUGAAAUUCAUGGCUAAAUAAAGAUAAGAGUUUUUCCUCUU